GGCUGAGUGAAUGAAGAUGCAUUGCUACCGACCAUGGAUGACUAUGUAGAUGGGUGAUGCAGUGUCUCAACACGAAGCACCGAAUAAUGAUGAGCGAAAAGAUAAGAUAUGGUUGCUAAGAGCUGCUGCGAGACGUGAUGAACUGGCAGGGCGGAUAGAAUCUCGCGGUCGCAGCACGUAUGAUAUGCCUGAGGGGAGGAAGAGCGGGGCUCUGCUUUACUCCUCCCUGCCCAGGGUUUAUAAGCACGCAUGCUGUGGCCCCUAUGCGAUGGCGAAGCCAGGCGCGGCAUGAGUGCAUAAGGUGACUAAUCCUGCCCAUUCAAGAACUUCCGCUGGGCUACUCCAACGUCCUUGAAUAGACCGCCAGCUUAUGCGCUCAUGCGAGAGUACGGCGGCGAUGCCGCCCUAUCAUGU